UCAUCAUUUGUUCUUUUUAGUCUUUCUAAAGUUUCCUCGUACACUCUGAAGAGCAGCGUGAUGUUCCUGCACUACUGCACCACGCUGGUGGGAGUGUGUUUGGACUCCUCCAUCGUCAACAUUUUCCUUACUGUAGAAGGAAAAUACAAAACAGUUCAGGAUGCUGGAUACGACAAGCGAGUGUUUGGAGUUUUCGGAAACGGAGAACACGGCCUGUGGCUGUUGGGAGAAGAAAUGAGAAUGCUUAAACUGGCCUACCUGCGGAUUCAUUUCGAUGUAGGAGAAGGUAAAAAAGAAGGAGGAAAAAGAAGACGAAAGGGAAAAGGACCAGAACGACGACUGUCAUUGAAUGAAGAUGUUAAACUAAAUUCAGCUUUCGGACAGACACUGCAAGGGGAGAAGGAGAAGGAGAAAGACGAUAAUGCUGAUGAAGACGAAGACGAAGAUGAGGAAGUAGAAUAUGAAAGCAGGAAGUACGGCAUCACAGCUGUUGCAAUGCACGAAGCACUGGUUGUAUUUGGAGAUUCAAAGGGUCACAUGUGGUUUAAUCAGACGCCGGCUCUGCGCAAAUGGACUCCGAAGACACCCGUACACAGUGACAGGAUCAGUGUGCUGCGUCUCACAGAGAGGAUCAUCAUCUCAGCCUCAUACGACAAAACCGUCAAACUGUGGGACAGAAACACUAAGAAACAGCUGGGUCUGUUUGUGUGUAAGGCUCCGGUCGAGGUGCUGCAGUUGAACCCGAAUGACCCGAAUCAGAUCGUAUGUGGAGACGCACUGGGGCAAAUCUACUUCCUGUCCUGGAGAGGAUGAUCAACACCUCCAUACUACACACACAUGCACUUUGUUUUUAUUCAGGGCUGAAUGUUAUUUUGAACCAUUAACCCAAUCCUAAGAAACACAGCUCUAUUUUGUCCUUUAAAUAUUAUAAUAAUAUUAUAAUAAAUUAAUAAUAAAAAAUAAUACCAAGUAAUAAAGGAUAUAAAUAUGCAAA